AUGGCUCAGGCCUCUGCAUAUACGUUCUACGAUGGACACUACGAGGAUGUGUUGAAAUUAGUUCAUCAACGAUGCGGUCGAAACGUGGCCACUGCUGUUCCUGAUCCGGUGGAAGACCAUAGCGAAGAACCGAACGACUUCUACUCCUCCGACACAUACACUACGAUAGCAGAAGACACAUGUGGCACCAUUGUUGUCCAGGAAAAUAUCUCCUCGGCUUCACUGUUCAUAGGAAUUGACGAAAUCCAUGACGGUAACGACAUUGCAGCAGGUCUCUCGAUAUGUCUCCCUUUUCUUAAGAUGAUAUCAACACCUAUUCGGCCAGUGCGACAUGUGGUUCAUCGAACAAAACUUGACAAUGAAAAUGGCAUGUUGCUACUGAUGCUACUGAUGGGGGAGUUGCGCUCCGAUUUGUAUCCAAGAUACUAUUUAUAUCUCCUUGUUCCUGUCGGCGAACCCAUCACUCUCCUCCAACCAUUGCACCCCGGACCUGAUAAAAAGCCAAGCAUAUUGCACUGGGCCCACCUGGGACUGGGGGAUGAUUCUCCCAAACUCGACAAUUACCAACUUCACUAUGCUUUUCCAAAACUGCAACUGAUCUUGAGACCUUGA